CUUCCGUGGGAACGCAGCAACAUAUUUCUAUUUCUUUAGAAAUAUGUGGCUCCUAGGCACUAGCAGGGCCCAUAGAGGGAGCUUAUCUCCAGGAUGUGUGGGCUGUCUCCUGUGGGAACCUGACUAGGAGACUGCGCGUGGAUCUAGAAGACCCCUUGCUGCGAUCUGGAGAGGGGAGCAGGGGUAUCGGCUUGGCCCAGGCUUAUGAGCCGGCAGGAAAUCCAAGCGCCAGGCGCCAUCUUCUCUGAGCCGACCUGCUUCCGGACUACAUUUCCCAGAGGCCUCCGGAGAAAUAGGGCCGCUCCUUCGCUCGCUUGCCCGAUCCUCGGCCUCCCGGCAAGGGGAAUUACAAGGAAAACAGCCCCAAGAAGGAUUCAUCCUCUCCUGAAUACUGAAAGCCAUGGCCCAGGGAUCAGUGAUGUUCAGUGAUGUGUCUGUAGACUUCUCACAGGAGGAGUGGGAGUGCCUGGACCCUGGUCAGAGGGACUUGUACAGAGAUGUGAUGUUGGAGAACUAUAGCAAUCUGCUGUCAAUGGGACUUUACAUUCCUAAGCCUCAAGUUAUCUCCUUAUUGGAACAAGGAAAAGAGCCCUGGAUGGUUGGCAGAGAGCUGACAAGAGGCCUGUGUUCAGAUCUGGAAUCAAUGUGUGAAACCAAGUUACUGUCUCUGAAGAAGGAAGUUUAUGAAAUAGAGUCAUGCCAGAGGGAAAUAAUGGGACUUACAAAGCAUGGCUUUGAGUACUCCAGUUUUAGAGACAUUUUGGAAUAUAGAAACCACUUUGAAAAACAACUGGGAUAUCAAAGUGGGCAUUUCAGCCAAGAAAUACUCACUCAUGAAUACAUGCCCACGUUUAUUCAACAGACAUUCUUUACUCUACAUCAAAUAAUUAAUAAUGAAGAGAAACCCUAUGAAUGUAAGAAAUGUGGAAAGGUCUUUAGUCAGAAUUCACAAUUUAUUCAACAUCAAAGAAUUCAUAUUGGUGAAAAAUCUUAUGAAUGCAAGGAGUGUGGGAAAUUCUUUAGUUGUGGCUCCCAUGUUACUCGACAUCUGAAAAUUCAUACUGGUGAAAAACCCUUUGAAUGUAAGGAAUGUGGCAAGGCUUUCAGUUGUAGCUCAUACCUUUCUCAACAUCAGAGAAUUCAUACUGGCAAGAAGCCCUAUGAAUGUAAGGAAUGUGGGAAAGCCUUUAGCUAUUGCUCAAAUCUUAUUGACCAUCAGAGAAUUCACACUGGUGAAAAACCCUAUGAAUGUAAAGUAUGUGGGAAAGCCUUUACUAAGAGCUCACAACUUUUUCAACAUGUGAGAAUUCAUACAGGUGAGAAGCCCUAUGAAUGUAAAGAAUGUGGCAAAGCUUUCACUCAGAGUUCAAAGCUUGUUCAGCAUCAGAGAAUUCAUACUGGUGAAAAACCUUAUGAGUGCAAGGAAUGUGGCAAGGCCUUUAGUAGUGGCUCAGCGCUUACUAAUCAUCAGAGAAUUCACACUGGGGAGAAACCCUAUGAUUGUAAGGAAUGUGGGAAAGCUUUUACCCAGAGCUCACAACUUCGUCAACAUCAGAGAAUUCACGCUGGUGAGAAACCCUUUGAAUGUCUUGAAUGUGGGAAGGCCUUUACUCAGAACUCACAACUUUUUCAACAUCAGAGAAUUCAUACAGAUGAAAAACCAUAUGAAUGUAGUGAAUGUGGAAAGGCCUUUAAUAAAUGCUCAAAUCUUACACGACAUCUGAGAAUUCACACUGGUGAAAAGCCCUAUAACUGUAAGGAAUGUGGAAAGGCAUUUAGUAGUAGGUCAAACCUCACCACACACCAGAGGACACACUCAGGGGAGAGACCUUACGUGUGCAAAGAGUGUGGACGAGGCUUUACUUGGAAGUCAAACCUCUUCACACACCAGAGGACACAUUCAGGGGUCAAGCCGUACAUGUGCAAGGAAUGUGGGCAGAGCUUUAGUCUGAAGUCAAACCUUAUCACGCACCAGAGGUCACACUCUGGGGAGAAGCCUUAUGUGUGCAGGGAGUGUGGGCAUGGCUUUCGCCAGCAUUCACAUCUCAUCAGGCAUAAGAGGACACAUUCGGGAGAGAAGCCUUAUGUGUGCAGGGAGUGUGAGCGUGGCUUUCGUCAGAAGUCACACCUCAUUAGACACUUACGGAUACACACAGGAGAGAAGCCUUACAUAUGCACAGAAUGUGGGCGCCAUUUUAGCUGGAAAUCAAACCUCAAGACCCACCAGAGGACACACUCAGGCAUUAAACCUUAUAUGUGCCUCGAGUGUGGGCAGUGCUUUAGCCUGAAGUCAAAUCUCAGCAAACACCAGACAUCACACACAGGGGAGAAGCCAUUUGUGUGCAGGGAAUGUGGGCGAGGCUUUACCCGGAAAUCAACCCUUAUCUCGCACCAGAGGACACACUCAGGGGAAAAGCCAUUUGUAUGCAAGGAGUGUGGGCGAGGCUUUAAUGAUAAGUCAACCCUCCUCUCACACCAGAGAACACAUUCAGGGGAAAAGCCUUUCAUAUGCAGGGAGUGUGGUAAAAAAUUUAGCCAGAAGCCAAAUCUCUUUAGGCACAGGAGGGCACACUCAGGUAGCAUACCUUUGGUGUGCGGGGAGUGUGGGCAAGGCUUUUGUGAUAAGUUGACUCUUAUCACCCACCAGAAGGCACAUGCAGGGGGGAAGCCUCAUGUGUGCAGGGAGUGUGGGCAAGGCUUUAGCCGGCAGUCACACCUUGUAAGACAUCAGAGGAUACAUUCGGGAGAGAAGCCUUAUAUUUGUAGGAAGUGUGGGCGAUGCUUUAGUCGGAAAUCAAACCUCAUCAGACAUCAGAGGACACAUUCAGGAUAGAAACCUUGUAUGUAGGAGUGUAGUGAAAUCUUUAGCCAAGAUUCAUACUUCUUGAGAUACCAGAAGUCACACCGAGGGCAUUAGUGUGGCUUUAGUAAUAAGUCAGGCAUUGCCAGACACCAAAGUGAAGACAUCUUAUGUGUGACGGGAAUGUUCAUGAGCCUAAUGGUUAAGAGUCAACAUGUCUAGGGACGCCUGGGUGGCUCAGUUGGUUGGACGACUGCCUUCGGCUCAGGGCGUGAUCCUGGAGUCCCGGGAU